GAAACUUGUGAGGCAUUUUUUGCAGCACCCCAAUAAUAUUGAAGAUCAGUGAUGAUCAAUGGAAUCUAUUUGGCUUUGAAAAUGGGCCUAAUCUUCGGAAGGAAGCAAGCACUUCUUUGUGGAGUCACUUACCGGAACAAGAAUUACAGCCUCAACGGAACUAUCAAUGAUGUGAGAAGCAUAAAAAGCUUGUUGAUUCAGCGCUUUGGUUAUCCUGGGGAGUGUAUUCGCGUCCUCACAGAAGAAGAGAACGGAAAUGAUUUAACUACAACGAAGAAGAAUAUAGAAGACUCCUUAAAAUGGCUUGUGGAGGGUUCAGAGUCUGGAGACUCAUUGGUGUUCUUCUUCUCUGAACAUGGCUUACGACAACCUGAUUUCAGAAACGAUGAGCUAAUUGAUGGGUUUGAUGAAACUAUCUGUCCGGUUGAUUCUAUAGAACAAAGUAUGAUCGUAGACAAUGACAUUAUAAAUUCCACCAAUAUUGUACGUCCGCUAAAGGAGGGUGUCACGCUUCAUGCAAUUGUGGAUGCUUGUCAUAGUGGAACCGUUCUUGAAUUAGAGUACACAUACGCCCUACAUGACAGACACACACACACAUAUAUUCAUUCUAGCCGUAUAUAAUUACUGGUUACUUAG